AUGCAGAUCAUUUCCGGAGAUCAACCGAGUGCUUCAAGUAAGAACCAGAAUUUAAAGACAGUUUUCAAGAAAUCAAAAGGAAGACCAAGUGGUGGAUCAUAUUCUGCUCCUCACUGCGGUGACUUGGAAUUUCAAACCGUGUUUUGUAUUGAAUAUGAAAAUGACAAAACAUUGGAAAUAAAAGAAGAAAUAAUCCAAGAUCAAGAACGAGCUACGGAUCAGAAAUUUCAUGAUAAAUUUGAGACAAAUUUAUGUGCUGCAGAUAUUACAGAAGCUAAUAUUUUCACUGUUAAAAACAAACUGAAGACUCAUAUUAAGAAGGAGAAUAUUCAGGAUCCAAGCCUGGACAAGAUGUUCACAUGCGAAAAGUGUGGGCGAACCUAUAACCGGGAAGCAAAUUUAACGCGUCACAAAAAAUUAGAAUGCGACGUCAUGCCACAGUUCAGAUGUAAAUUCUGCGGCAAACGAUUUAAACGCAAUACACACCUUCGGCGCCAUACAGUAAACGUUCAUCAAAAAACGAACUUACAGGCAUUGCAUGAGCGGUUUCAAUGUGCUAAGUGUUUUCGAAGUUACAGUUACUUAGAUUCCUUAACUCGGCAUGAACGUGCCGUUCAUGGAGGAGUCAAGUCACAAUUUACUUGCGAUUAUUGUUCUUAUAAAUCGAUACAAAAAGCCCACUUGUCAAAACAUAUUUCUUCAAAGCAUCUUAAUAAGUAAUAAUACUUAGGUACGCGAAACUUUAAUCCUUAGACGGGAAGAUCAGUCUUCUAAGCUUUCAUUUACUAUCCAAGACUUUAAAAUAGACGAUAAAUUUAUAAAAAUGUUUGCUAAAAGUUCAAGGCAAUCCUCAAAAUAAUUCAUUAUUUCGAGGAUUGUUUUAAAUAUUGUAAUAAAUAUUGUAUGAUAUUUUGAUAAAUUUGUUGCCUAUCUUAAAGUCAUAGAGAGUCAACUGGAGUUUCGAAAACGAUUUUUUCCGUGUAGAAAUUUAAAAUGCUACAUAGCUGAAAAAACUCUUUUUUGCAUUAUAAAUUAUUAUAUACCUUGCAUCACUAGCGGCGAAUAUCACUGUAUAAUAAAUACCUUAUUUUACUUUUUAAGUUCCGAUAAGGUAAA